UUGCAACUUUCUUUCUUUCUUUUUUUCUUUCUUUCUUUAUUUAUUUAUUUAUGUAUUUCUUUCUUUCUUUCUUUCUUUCUUUCUUUCUUUCUUUAUUUCUCUCUUUCUUCUUCUUUCAUGUUUCUUAUUCGGCUUACAUUUUUUUUUUUACCUUUUCUUUUAAUUCUCCUCCCGUCCGUUUUAAUUUUUAUCUUCUCUCUUUCUUUUUACUCUCUUCCUGAUUAUCUGCUUUUAUUUUACUUUUUACUUUCUUUUUCGCCCCUUUGUUCAAUGGCCCGUUUACAUUGUUCUUUCUUCUCCCACCUUCUUCUUCCUAUUUUUAACCGUCUUUUCUUUCUUUCCUUCUACAAGGAUACUUCAUUCUUAAUUUUCUUCACACUCCUUUUCUUUCUCUUCUUCUUUUUUACUUUCUUCAUACUUUUUUCACGCAAUCCUUCUUUUCUUUUUUCUUCUUCUUUUUUCACCCAAUUCCUCUCCCGUUUUUCUUUUCUUUUCACCCAAUUCUUAUUCUUAUUCUUCCUUUUCUUCCUUUACACCCAUUUUUCUUCACUUUUCUUUCUUCUUUUUCACCCUAAUUCUUCUUCUGUCCUUUCCUUUCUUCUUUUCCACAGUUCUUCUUCCUUUUUCUCUUUCUUUUCACCUAAUUCUUCUCCUUCUCUUUUCCUUCUUCUUCUUUUCAACCAGUUCUUCUUUUCUUCCCACCUUAUUUCUGACCGAAUUCUUUUCUUCAUUUGUUUUCUUUUUCCCCCGAUUCCUCUUCUUCACUUCGUUCUCUUCUUCUUUUUUUAA